AUGACUGAGAACAAUUCGCAUAAUGUCUUAAGUGACCUGAAGUAUUAUUCACCAAGUUUAAUACCUUUAAAUGAUAAAUUAAUUGAAACAUUGGAAGAAAUUGAAAUAAAAAGGAAUAAUUUGCUUCUAGGCAAGGAUAUUUAUAACCAGCCAACUACUAAGAUAAAACCAAAAAUACUUUCUCAUCAGAAUAUUACUACAGAAGAUAUUGAUAGGAUUGUAAAUAGUAAGAUUCAGAUGUUACAACAAUUAGCAUUAAAUCAAUCAUCAGCAUUUUCUUUCAGUCAAGAAAAUAUUACUAAGGCUAAUUUACAAGUUAUAGAGAAGACCUUAUUAUUAGACGUUUUUUUGAAUAAUCUAAUAAGAGAAAAAAAUAAUGUAACUCCUGGUAAUGAUUAUAAUUAUGAUUCUAUUAAUGAUAUUACUGAUAGUAUGGCUGGUAUGACACUUAAUAAUGUUAUAGUAAAUGCUGUUGUUAAACAUACUGUUAAGAAAUCGUCUUCAGGUCACAAAUGCUCUAAGUAUGAAAGAUCUGGACAUAAUUUAUGA